UCUAGGCAGUCUUUGAUUAUGGCAUGAUUUCUCAUGCGUUACCUUCACUAUUGUUUGACCAGCGCAAGAUGGCCAUCUGGCGUAGCGCUCCUGUUUGCGCCGCGACGGGGGCAGCUACGGCCCGCAUCCACCUCCUCACGUCCUGACUUCGCUGCCAUUGACGCGAAAUGGCAAGACAUAUGGGAGCAACAACGCUCUCGGUUAAAAGAUUCGGUACAUCGCGACGAGAGCAAAGAUGGCGUUAAGACUGCGAAAUAUGUGCUGCCCAUGUUUCCGUAUCCGUCAGGAACAUUGCACAUGGGUCACAUUAGGGUUUACACCAUCUCAGAUGUCAUCGCUCGCUACCAUAGAAUGAAAGGCACUCGUGUGGUGCAUCCAAUAGGUUGGGAUGCUUUUGGUCUACCUGCGGAGAAUGCGGCAAUUGAACGAGGGGUAGAUCCUGGAGACUGGACCAUUCAGAAUAUUAAGCAAAUGAAGGCACAGUUGAAGUCGAUGAAUGGCGAAUGGGAUUGGGAUAGAGAACUCGCAACUUGCGAUCCCGCCUACUAUAAACACACCCAACUUUUGUUUCUUAAGCUUCAUAAAGCUGGCCUAGCGUAUCAAAAGGAAGCACUUGUUAACUGGGAUCCGAUAGAUCAUACAGUUCUUGCUAACGAGCAGGUCGAUGCGAAUGGCCGCUCAUGGAGAUCAGGUGCAAAGGUUGAGCAGCGAAUGCUCAAGCAAUGGUUCCUUGCCACCACUCAUUACGCUGAAGAGUUAUAUUCAGACUUACUUAAGCUGGAAAAUGAUAAUAUGUGGCCAGCAAGAGUUGUGGAUAUGCAAAAGAAUUGGCUUGGAAGAUCGAUAGGCGUGCGAUUCCCAUUCGAACUCGAAGUGCCGUACAGUCGCAUUGACGGUGCUCGAAGCGUCCUCUCGACAUUUAGAGAAUUAGAGGUCUUCACCACUAGGCUUGAUACUCUGUACGGUGUUCAAUUUGUCGCUUUGUCCCUGAGUCACCCCUUGGUGCAGGCCUUUGCGGAGCAUGACAAAAAGCUGCAAGAGUUCAUCAAAACUGCAAAGCAUUUACCAGAGAAUUCAAAGGAUGGCUAUUUGCUACCUUUUGUAGCCAAGAACAAACUUCUUGGAGUCAGAAGAAUAUCCAUAUACGCUGCUCCGUACGUGUUAGAUGGCUAUGGGACUGGAGCUGUUAUGGGCGUUCCCGCGCACGACGCUCGUGACAACGCGUUCUGGCAUAAACAUCGUCCGAACGAAGAUAUCAUCUGUGCCAUUGAACCUAGGCCAGGGAAUGAGACGAAAUUCCAAGGUUUAUUCACAGGUGAAGGGAUUUCAUUGUGCCAUGGUACGUCCUGGGACGGCAAAAGCAGCCCGGAAGCAAAGCUUGAAAUUCUUCAGCAGUUAAAAAUGAAUGGAUAUAAUGCCUACGAACACACCACAUGGCGUCUUCGAGACUGGCUGAUCAGUCGUCAACGAUACUGGGGGGCGCCAAUUCCCAUUGUUCAUUGCAAUUUAUGUGGUUCUGUCCCGGUUCCACUUGAAGAACUUCCAGUUCAGCUCCCAAAGUUGAGUGCUGAUCACUUCCAAAGACGAGAAGGAAACCCUCUUGAAAGCGCCAAAGAGUGGGUUAGUACGAGCUGCCCGAAAUGCAAGCAACCAGCAAGGCGCGACACCGAUACUAUGGAUACGUUUAUGGACUCUGCUUGGUAUUUCCUUCGUUUCACAGAUCCACAAAAUCACGACAUUCCCUUCCUCCCGGAGAAAGCAAGCUCACUCAUGCCGGUCGACUACUAUAUUGGCGGCGUAGAGCAUGCAAUAUUGCACUUGCUCUAUGCUCGGUUCAUGGCAAAGUUUUUGGCUUCUGAAGAAGGAGGACGAUCAUGGCCAACGUCUUUCACAGAGCCAUUCUCAAAGCUGGUUACGCAAGGAAUGGUGCAUGGAAAGACAUAUUCUGACCCCGUCAAUGGCCGCUUCCUCAAGGCAGAAGAAGUCGAUACCUCAGUGCCAAGCGCGCCUGUCAUCAAAGCUACAGGCGCUAUGCCCAACAUCAGUUUUGAAAAGAUGUCUAAAAGCAAACACAACGGCGUCGAUCCGGCGGCAUGUCUUGCAAGGUACGGUGCCGAUGUUACUCGUGCACAUAUCUUGUUCGCUGCACCCGAAGGAGAGGUGCUGAACUGGGAAGAAGAACGCAUUAUUGGAAUGACGAGAUGGCUGACCAAAGUCUGGCGUUUGGUCAAUCUAAAUGCUGGCCAAAAUGCCACUCUCAAUUUUGAAACAGACAUUCCAUCUCUUGCAGAUUCACAUAAGAAAAUUCUUGCGGAACUCAGAACAACCAGUGAUAGUGUUGAAGAGAAAAUUCGCAGAGCUAGUGGGCUGAAUACGGUGGUAUCGGACUUGAUCAAAUUCACGAACACGCUUGACUCCUACACCGGUUCCAUCGAAAAUGCUGUUCCUCAAGAUAAGGAGGUUCAAAAAAUCUCUCGUUAUGCUGUGGAGAGCCUUGUGAAACUAAUGGCGCCGUUAACUCCAGCAUUUUCGGAAGAGUGCUGGCAGCUACUUCAUUCUACAGAAGCACUCGGCAGUGGUAAACGCUCCUCUACCUACACCUCCCUUUUCGAUGGGAGCGUCACGUGGCCGGCUAUACCCUUUGGUUCUGAAUCGAAAUUCUUGAAACCCAUACAAACAUUUGUAGUUUCGUGUAAUGGAAAGGUUAGAUUCACAGUCAGGAGACAUUUUGAGCAUCUGCCAGCAGCGGAAGAUGAUACGCAGGUGCAAGGAUGGCUCGAGAAAAAUAUUUUCUCAAGCGCUGAAGCCAUGAAAUGGUUGGAAACUGGUCGAAACAGCGAUAUGUUUGCGAAACGGAAGAUGAUUUUUUGUAAGAGAGUGAACGACAAUAGGUGGAUUGUCAAUGUCUCAAACUAAAAUCACAAUGUUUAAGCAUUCGAAGCAAAGGCGUGAAGCCGAACAAUUCGUCACAUGUUACCCUCAAUACAAGCUUUCUCCACUUGUCUAUACUUACCAACUAAUCAAGUUUAUAUAUCUCAUUCCUAGCCACUGAUUAGUAGAUUUUCUCGAUUCUAC